GCGCUCACGAGAAACAGGGAGUGGGUCAGCGGCCGCAUCCAUUCGGAGGGGGAAGACGCGACGGGCCGCCUCCGGACGUCAACGUGCAGCCAUGUCACGAGCGCCGGAGUGUGCGCGCGCGCGAGCAUCUGAGUGAUCCAUUCAGGCGACACGCGGACUCCACGGGAAUAAAGCAAUGGGCGGCCAGAUAACGCGAAAUGCCUUUUACGACUCCCUGGGUGGCCCGUUCCCUUCCACGUCGCACCGAUGCCACCACAAACCCAGGAGGUGCCUGCCUAUCCAGUGCGGCAGCGUCGGCGCGCCCCUCCCCAUCAUUCCACUGCUCUUCCAUCCAAACGCCAAGGGAUCCCAAAUCGUCAUGGACCUGGCCCAGAAGACCGUGAAGAGGCAGGCCAGCUUCUGCAAUGCCAUCACUUUCAGCAACAGGCCUAUGGCACUCUAUGAGCAAGUCCGCCUCAAGAUUACUAAAAAGCAGUGUUGCUGGAGUGGGGCUGUACGUCUGGGCUUCACUGCCAAAGACCCCUCCAGGAUAAACCCAGACAACCUGCCCAAAUACGCCUGCCCCGACCUGGUGGCCCAGAGCGGCUUCUGGGCGAAGGCCCUUCCUGAGGAGUUUGCCAACGAGGGCAACAUUAUUGCCUUUUGGGUGGACAAGAAGGGCAGAGUCUUCUACCGCAUUAACGAGUCCAGUCCUAUGCUGUUCUUCAGUGGAGUCCGCACGGCCGAGCCCCUCUGGGCCCUCAUCGAUGUUUACGGUCUGACCCGCGGAGUGCAGCUGCUAGACAGUGCGAUUGUUCCUCCCGACUGCCUACGCCCGCGCUCCUUCACCACAGUGCGCUCGUCCUCCCUCCGGCGUGAGGCUGACGACUCCCGCCUGUCCGUCAGCCUGUGUGACCUCAACCUGCAGCAGGACGACGGAAGCAACGGCCACAACCACUCCCACCGGCACACCCUCCACCUGGCCUCCUCCUCCUCCACCUGCCCCAUACCCCAGAACUCCCUCAACUCCCAGCAGUCUUCUCUGCUGCCGUCCGCCCUGGACAGCGACCUCCACUUCCACCAGCUGCGUGGCGCUCACAUCAAGACUCUGGACCAGCAGACGGUGGCCCGAUCCGAGCACGCGCGAGACGAACGCACGCUGGUCUUCACCAACCGGCCCCUGCGCACCGGGGAGACCGUCUUCAUCAAAGUCACCAUGUCCAGCCCGGCCCGCUCGGGCUCGCUGUCGUACGGCGUGACAUCCUGCGACCCGGCGGUGCUGCGGCCCAGCGACUUACCCUACAACCCAGAGGCUCUGGUGGACAGGAAGGAGUUCUGGGCGGUGUGUCGGGUGCCGACGCCUCUCCAGAGCAGUGACAUCUUGGGCUUUCUAGUCAACCAGGAGGGGGAGGUCAUCCUCAGCCACAACGGCGCCAAUGUGGGCAUGCAGGUGUGCGUGGACAACUCCCGCCCCCUCUGGAUGUUCUUCGGUCUCCAUGGCGCUGUGACUCAGCUCAAGAUUCUGGGUUCCACUCACCUCGGGGAUCCGCGGACCUCGUCAAACCCCAGCUCGCCCUCGUCCUCCCCCCACACCCCCAGCGCCCUGGGCAGUGGCAGCUCCGAUCCGGUGCUGAAUGGAGGCCUGUGCUCCGCCGCGUACUGCGCCUCAGCAGAGGAAGCAACCCCAAAUUCCCCCGUCAGCCUGCCCAAGUCCCCGACGUUUCCAUCGGGAAGACCUUGUUCUGACGAGUGCUCCAUCUGUUACGAGAACACCGUGGACACGGUCAUCUACGCCUGUGGACACAUGUGUCUGUGCUACACCUGUGGCCUCAAACUCAAGAAGAUGUCCAACGCCUGCUGUCCCAUCUGCAGAAGGCAGAUCAAAGACAUCAUCAAGACUUACCGCAGCACGUAGAGGGGACAGACAGACGGACGGACGGCCUCCCUCAGAGCAGCAAAAUCAGGGGAAUAAGUUCAGGGAAUAGGAACUCUGGUACUUUCAUUUGAUAAAUUCACGGAAUCGUUUUUUUGACCUUUUUCAUAGUGUUUGUACCGUUUGGCCGGAAAGCUCUUUUGUCCCUGCAGAGGCGGCACAUGGAGAAGUCAGAGGUGCCCCCAAAUAAGCUUUCUUCUAACCACAAGGGUUUGCUCUCUGCCGGGAUCUUUGGAGAAUGUUACAGAGAGACAACUCUCUCUAACAACUGAGACAAUCCCCCCCCCCAAAAAAAAAUGUCAUUUGUGAAGCAAUGUUGUAAGUUAUGAGGACCGUCACCCCAAUUUGCACCAAAGCAAACAAGUCACUUUGGGGCUGAAUGUGUUGAUAGUCGUUCUCUCCAAGGACGACUGAAGAAGCUCUGACACCUUUUCCUCUCAGUACCUCACAACUUGUGUCUGUGUGUUACUGAGCACUCCGCCAUGAAGUCAUGGAUCUCUGUUGGAGUCGUAGUGAUUAGAAGUGAGUGAUGUGCGUAGAGGUGGAAGGCAGAGCGGAGUAUACUAAGUAGGAUUGUAACACCUCUUGUACUCGUAUAAUCUAAUGUACCUCUUUGGUAGUUCUAUUGCAAAUGUUGGUGGUAGCUAUGUCGUCGCGCUAGCUAGCAGCUUGCUCUGCCGUGUGCUACGUUGCACUGAAAUCAGCACUGUCCUCUCAGAAAGGCCCCGUUAAAAAGACACCGAGGUUAAAGACGUUCUUCGGGUUCAAACAAUCUACAAACCUGCGUCCAAUAGAUUCAGCGGCUCGGAAGCUGUAGCAGGAAACAGGAAGUGGUUUUGGAUUCUCCUCAGGGCCCACAAUCUUUUUACCGUCCGCCCAAACAUCAGCCAUGUCAUGCCUGACACACUGUGAGCGCUCAUGACGAAUCGACAGCUGCUCUGAAAUAGUUCCCAUGACAACGCGGAGUCAAAGGAUCGUUGCCAUGGCGUCAGAAGCCACCACAGAUGUCGCCCAGCCUCCUGCCUUAAACCAGAGGAGGUUCAUGUGGUUUCUGACGUUUUACAAAAGCCGUUGACGCGUUACCAAAUAAUCCUGUUGUGUGACACAAAAAGAUUCCCCCAUCCGAGAAAAUCUAUUUUUGUAACAUAAAUUCUCAACAUUUCCAAUAUUGAACAGAACUGUUUUUUAAAGCUUUGUGACAACCCUUUCCCCAGCAGCAUGAAGCGGUCCAUGUUUUGAAUCGGCAGGGUUUUGAUGCUGUAAUACCCCUACAAAAUGUUUUCAUAUGUCCCCCCCCCCCCCCCCCAGAGACAGCAGCUCAGCAGUAAGCCUUUGCUCAUUAGAGGACGGCCCGAGCUGACAGACCGUUCGUCUUCUUUGAUGUCACCCUCCUGCACUCUGCAGGUAAACGCCCGGGGCUCAAACUUUGCUGCUACGCUAUUGGCCAGCUGUCCUCUGUGGGCCAAUGCUGACCGAGAUGUUUCCCAGAUCCCUCCUCCCACACUACACUUUGAUACGCUACUGCUUGAAGUGUGGAUUCACAUUUGAAUGUCAACUUGUGUGUUUAGAGAGAUUAAUGGUUUUCAUCAGCUUGCUUGAUUUGAAACAAAAAAACAAAGAAAAAAAGUUCAGUUUUUCUCUUAGUGAUAAUCAUGGUUCUGAGAUUUGUUUUUCUGUCGUCCAUCCUUGUUCUUUAGUAGUGGGAGUAUAGUUUCUUGUACCUUGCGGCAGUAAGUAAUAUUGCAGUAUACAAUCAGAACCUCGUUGCUUUUGGUGCAUGAUAUAAACUCUUGGUUUAAUUACAAUCCUUAGAUUCCGCGAGCUCUUUUCUGUAAUUGAUCUUCUCGUGUGUUAGCCCGUGUCAGGGAGCCGUCUUCCUCGUUCUGUAAGUAGAUCUCUCAUUAUUGAGUCUGGAAGCUAUCUGAAUGAUAAAUGUCACUUUAUAAAGCUACUGAUUGUAAUCUUCUUCAUGUUUCGACUCAACUACGUCUGUAUUAUUUUGACACUCCAAAUUGAUCAUUGAUUAUUUUUGUUUGUCUUUACAUCUCAUGCAUGUAAAUCCUUUGGUGCAAAACCCAAUUUUCAGUUUGACCUGUUUAAAGAUGUGUUUUUGGACCACAUGAAUUGCUAAAUACACACCCAGCCAAAAGCCGGACUGAAAAAUGUCAUCAGCAAACAACCCUUACAUAGCGUUUACUGAAGCUAUUUGUAUUUUAUAUCAUUUGUUUGCAUCUCCAAUCCUCCACAGGCUCUUUGAGUGUCACCGAUCCUGACCCUGUAUUAUUUAUUUGUCCAUCACUGUUGUGUGGACUAACUCCUUGGAUCGUGCUUUUCCUGUGUGUUUGCUUUCUUUAGCGGUGCUCUGUGGAGCUUAGUACUUUUUGUAAUGCCUGCGUUACCAUGGGGACCAACAGUAGAGCCUCCGAGUGGACCGCUGUAGACUGGAACCAUGUAUGUAUGUAUGUAUAUAUAUAUAUAUAUAUAUAUAUAUAUAUUACAUACAUACACACACAAACAUGUAUAGACUCAGCAGCUGAAGUACUUUACAAACUCAAAUCUUGUUUUUCUCAUGAAACAUCACGUGUCUGUCAGUGAGCGUCGGAUGAUUGUAUUGAAUAAACUUUCCAGAUGUGUUUGA